UUUUUUCAUUUCAGCCAAAAACUGAAAGAGUUUUAGUAAAAAAAAAAAAAAAAAAUGGCCGCAGUUUCAACGAGUCUAAACCUAAUCGGCGCUUUUAAUGGUCUGUCUUUAUCGUCAAGCUCUUCGUCAUCAUUUUUCAAGGGCGAAUUCAGCGUGGCUCCGAGAUCAGUCACCGUUUCCCUCUCACACCAAACGCCGUUCCCGUUAACCAUCGAAUCCGCUCACAAGCCUGGUGCCAUUAUUGUUCGUCAGCGCGGAACCAAGUUUCAUCCAGGAAAGAACGUGGGGAUUGGGAAGGACCAAACAUUUUUCUCUGGGCUUGUGAAAUUUGAGAAGUACGGUCCCGAUAGGAAGACGGUAAGUGUUUACCCACGGGAAGUGCAGCCUGAAAAUCCCAGCAGUAACAGAAAAUUUCCUUUUGUAGCGAAUCAUUUAUUAAGAAAAGUCGAGAAGCUUAAUACAAAAGCGGAAAAAGAAAUAAUAAUAACUUGGUCCCGAGCAUCUACCAUUAUACCCGCAAUGGUCGGCCAUACUAUUGCUGUCCAUAAUGGAAGGGAGCAUUUGCCUGUUUAUAUAACAGAUCGUAUGGUAGGACAUAAAUUGGGAGAAUUUGCGCCCACUAUAAAUUUCCGUGGACAUGCAAAAAGCGAUAAUAGAUCCCGUCGUUAAUUGUUAAUAAAGUGAGAGAGAGUACUUCAGGUUGCAACAUGAGAAAGAGAAGGCGAGAAAGGAAGGUUAUGGAGCUCAACCACAAUUGGUAUUGGCUUCUUCUGCUGUUGACGAUGCAGACAACAACCCAAUUUGCUAAAUCUCAAGUGAAAGGCUAUUCUCUGUUUUUUAUUUUUUUAUUUUUUUCACUUCUUAGUUUUUGGGUUUUCAUUGUAAUGGCACAAUGCAAAUAGAUUACUUUGUUCAAUGAGCACUCUAAUUUUGUGAUUCAUGAUU